GGAAGGCACUCAGGGACCCAAGGGCAGGGAGGCUGGCACCAAGCCAGUGAACAAGUCCCCCCCUCCCCCCCAGUCCGUGUCCGGAGCUGAAGCCCUGGGCGAAGCUCAGACCACUAACCACAGGACUGGGAGAAGGUGGGCAAAGGGACAGAGGGCACAGGGAUGUCUGCCGGCCUUCUAGGGUGGAACAUCUGCGGUCGAGCAUCAGAGCCAACCCAGGAGGCAGGGAAGAGACAGUGGAUGGCAGACUAUUUUGGUCCCUGUGUUUAGGGACUUUUUAUAGCCUUGCUGCUCAGGGCUGCGAGGAGGAGAAAGGGAUGGGAGGAUACUCAUAAGGUCAGACAAGCACAGUGCCCUCCUGGGACCUUGGAAUCUGACCCAUUGCCUGGUAGAGUUCUUGAGAGCCAGGAGGGAGGGCCCUGCCGGGCUCUCCUUGCUGCCUGGGCUCGCAGUCACCAACUACCUAUGGACUGGCUCACUAGACACCGGAUAAGGGCACCAGGGAGUCCCGGGCCAAUUACUCUUGGCUCCUCAACUAGCUGCGUUACUUCCAGUGGCUUAUGGGGUACAAUCCUACCCAGCUCCGCUGAGAUGAUCCUGGCCUCUCCCUCCACCCCGUCCAGGGGACGGACCCCCAGCGCAGCGGAGAGGCUGGAGGCUGACAAAGCCAAGUAUGUCAAGACACACCAAGUGAUAGCACGACGCCAGGAGCCAGCUCUGCGUGGGGGUCCCGGACCGCUCACCCCGCACCCCUGCAAUGAGCUGGGGGCCCCUGCAUCGCCCAGGACGCCCAGGCCUGCCCGCCGGAGCAGCGGCCGGCGGCUGCCAAGGCCUGACUCCCUCAUCUUCUACCGCCAGAAGCGGGACUGCAAGGCUUCUGUGAACAAAGAGAACGCCAAGGGCCAGGGGCUGGUGCGGCGCCUCUUCCUGGGGGCCCCCCGAGACGCCACCUCGAGCAGUCCGGGCCCAACCGAGCGACCAGCGGCUCCUGGAGUUUGGGCCGCGCCCCAAGAUGCCCCGGAAGCAGCAGGAAAGCGGGCGCUGUGCCCCACCUGCUCACUACCCCUGUCGGAGAAGGAGCGCUUCUUCAACUACUGCGGCCUGGAGCGGGCGCUGGUGGAGGUGCUGGGCGCUGAGCGCUUCUCUCCGCAGAGCUGGGGCGCCGACGCCAGCUCCCAGCCCGGAACGUCGCCGCCGCUCGACUCUGGGGACACCAGCGACUGGACGUCCAGCAACGGGGACACGGAUCGCCCGGACGGUGCUGGCGGCGGCGGCGGCGGCGGCGGCGGCGGCGGCGGCGGCGGCGGCGGCGGCGGCGGCUCAGAGGCGGCGGGCUCGGCGCGGGACGGGCGCCCCCCGGUGUCGGUGGUGGAGCGCAACGCGCGCGUCAUCCAGUGGUUGUACGGCUGCCAGCGCGCCCGCGGCCCGCCGCGCGAGUCCGAGGUGUGAUUGCGGCCGCUCGGGAGCGGGCUCCGGGGAGGCCCGGCUCCGGGGCCCGGGGAGGGCUAAGGGGUGGGCGCAGGGCUGGGCCCGGGCACCGGCAGGGACGCCCUGCCUCUGACGCGCCGGGUGCCUUUAGGCGAGCCCUUCCCUCUGGAUUCUUGGUUUCCCCCUGUGAACCUUGGGAGGAUGGGACAAAAGAAUUCCGAAGGCCCUUCCCAGAGCCGACGACGGAGGGGGAGGGGGCAGCUAACGUGGCCCCUGUGGAGGCCGGGUCUGGGGAGAGAAGCCUGGGGUGGGAGGUCAGAGAACCUGCUGAAUAAAACCAAAACGUUAUUUAAAGGAGUCGUGAUGUUGGAUUAGAGAGCAGAUAUGAGGGAGGGGGCGGGGCGGGCUUGCGGGGUUACGCGCGUGGGUUUUGGAAUGCGGGCUCCAGGCUCACUGUGUGACCCUGGGCAAGCACUUAACCUCCCCGAACCAGAGCUGCACCCCUCGGUGAUCAAAGUAUUUUUGAAAUGGUCGCAAAACGCACGGCAAAGUGCCCGGCAUAUAGAAAGUGUUCAAUAAACGACAGCCACUAAGACCACUAAGGAAUUAGUACUAACUCUAUUAUGAUCAUCUCCUCCACCGACCCCGAGGUCGGUCCAAACUAGAUCUGGGAGUCAGGAAUAGGGUGUUUGGGGAGUUCUGGGGGAGGGGUCUGCUCCAGAAAUCUGGGGUCCCCCGGCCGAAAAGCCCCCAUUCCUGGAGAUUUGCUGCCCCCUUUUGGUUACUAGCUAUGAAUGGGCUGAGAUAGGAAGAAUCCAGAAUUGAGGACAGUAAAGGAAGGGACCCUUCAAACCAGGAUUUUGUUAACCCGCAGCCUCACAUCGGGCCACUGUCUUCCUUUCCCUCAAAGACACACAAGGUCACUUGUUUGCCUCACACAUCCGCACCUCAAGUCUUUGCUUAGGGUCCUCUUCCCUUUGCCUGGGCUACCUUCUCCUUUCUUUCCACUCAUCCUUCUAAGAUUACAUGUAUUCAUUCCCCCUCA